AGAGAGAAAAGAAAAAAAAAAAAAAACACCAAUCACAAACUGAGAAUUUAGAUAUUCAAAAUUCCAGGACAAGCAGAAAUCACCAAGAAAACAAUGCACCCCGCGCCCUUUAUUGGCUGUUCCUCGACGCCAGUUAAUAUCCCAGCCAGCCUUUCUUAGGAUUCCUCAGUUUGCCGUCCCAGAAAAAUAUGGAUGAUUAUUCUUCUCCACUACUCCCACCACCAUGCGCUUUUAUACAGAGAUCGGAAUCUUCUCCGCCGGCAAUGCACAUCAGACAAACGUAACCCGCGCCCCUCUAUAAAACCAAACCACCCCAAUCCAGUAACCUCCACUACUCAAACCAUCAAAAUCAACGCAGCUAAACCCAUGCCUCGACUCCUCCUCCACCUCGCCCUCCUGCUUCUUCUCAGCCAUGGAUUCCCGGCAAUCGAAUCCCAGCAGCAGCUGUUCAGAGAGUACAUUGGAGCAGAGGGUGUGAACGUCAAAUUCUCCGACGUACCAAUCAACUCCUCCGUCGAAUUCCACUUCAUCCUCUCCUUCGCAAUCGACUACACCGAUUCCUCCCGCCCAACCCCUACCAACGGAAUCUUCAAGCCGUACUGGGACACCCAAAACCUCGCCCUGUCCCAGGUCUCCUCGAUCAAGAACAAGCACCCCAACGUCAGGGUCGCCAUGAGCCUCGGCGGCGACACCAUCGGCGAGCACAACCAGUUCGUCUUCUUCCAGCCCAAAACCCCCAAAACCUGGCUCCACAACGCCAUCGACUCCAUCACCGACAUCGUCCAGGCGUACAACCUCGACGGGAUCGACAUCGACUACGAGCACUUCAUGCCAGGGGCGGACCCUGACACGUUCGCCGACUGCAUCGGGAAGCUCAUCAUGUACCUCAAGGGGAAAAAAAUCAUCAGGUUCGCGUCGAUCGCGCCGUUCGACGAGGACGUGGCGCAGAGGCACUACAUCGCGCUGUGGAACAAGUACGGGCAUCUGAUCGACUACGUGAACUUCCAGUUCUACUCGUACGACAAAGGGACGGACAAGAAGAAGUUCUUACAGUUUUUCGACGAACAGAGUAGGAAUUACAGGGGCGGGAAGGUGCUGGCGAGCUUCGGGACGGACAACAGCGGCGGUCUGAAGAUGGCGGGAGGGUUCCUCGAGGCCUGCGACCAGCUGCGGAGGGAGAAGAAACUUCACGGCAUCUUCAUAUGGUCGGCGGAUGACUCGAAGAAGGCCAAGUUCCGUGCGGAGAUCGAGUCCCAAACUUUCUUGGCAGCUCCCAGUAGUAUAGAGUAAUGGGUGUUCAUCUGGGAAUUUCUUCUUCUGUUGUUUAUUUUGUUUGUCCUAGUGUGUUUCCGUGUUAUAAAAUAAUCUGGAUGAAAUGGAAUAUUCAGUGACUCUCAUAAAUAAAUAUAAGAAUUCAUA